CCUCUCCUUUCCUCUUCCUUCCGUAGGGUUUCCCUCCAUCUCCUUCCACUCCUCGCCGGAAAAUCUUCUUCCGGCAGUUGACACUUGAAUCCACAGCGUCAUCAAUAUUGUUCAUAUUUUGCUCCUAUUUUUUCUGCUGAGAGCCGUCUUUUCCAUUAUUCGACCGUUGACAAUUUUAUCCAUUACGUGGUUCCGUUGAAAUCUCAAGUUUUAUUGAAUAAUUUGAUUGCUGUAGAGUUCAGAUGCCGACGAGUCAAGGAGGAGGAUCAUCAUCGAGGAGAAGCAUAUCGUUGACGAACUCUUCUUCACUCGCUAAGAAGAAAGCAGCCGCAGAAAAUGGAGGAGUACAACCGGAUUCUGCUCACCGGAAGUCGAUUUCUGUAUCUCGUUCCAUGGGACUGACUGGAGAACGCACAGUUAAAAGAUUGAGGCUGUCAAAAGCCCUUACAAUACCUGAUACUACAAGUAUUUAUGAAGCCUGCCGCAAGAUGGCUGCUCGCAGAGUUGAUGCUUUGUUGUUGACUGAUUCAAAUGGAUUACUAUGUGGUAUCCUGACAGAUAAGGAUAUAGCAACAAGGGUUAUUGCUCCAGAAGUUAAUAUACAAGAAACACCAGUUUCAAAGAUAAUGACGAAAAAUCCAGUUUUUGUGCUUUCUGACACACUUGCCGUGGAAGCUUUGCAGAAAAUGGUGCUAGGAAAAUUUAGACAUUUGCCAGUUGUAGAUAAUGGAGAGGUCGUUGCUUUGCUUGAUAUUGCAAAGUGCCUUUAUGAUGCGAUUGCUCGCCUCGAAAGGGCAGCUGAGAAAGGAAAGGCCAUUGCAGCUGCCGUUGAGGGAGUUGAAAAACACUGGGGGGCAACUGGCUGUGCAAGUUCAAAUACAUUUAUAGAAGCACUUCGGGAGAGAAUGUUCAGGCCUUCACUGUCUACCAUCAUUUCUGAAAAUUCAAAGAUUGUUACAGUUGAACCAAAUGAUACUGUUCUAGCCACAGCCAAAAAGAUGCUCGAAUGUCGAACAAGCUCUGCAAUCAUAACAGUUGACAACAAACCACGAGGGAUUUUAACUUCAAAGGACUUAUUGAUGCGAGUCAUAGCACAAGAUCUUUCCCCUGAAUCCACUCUCGUCGAAAGGGUAAUGACCCCCAAUCCAGAAUGUGCUUCAAUAGAUAUGCCUAUUGUUGAUGCUUUACAUACAAUGCAUGACGGGAAAUUUUUACACCUUCCUGUUGUUGAUAAAGAGGGAACUGUUGUUUCUGUUCUUGAUGUGCUUCAUAUCACUCAUGCAGCUGUAGCCACGGUGGGAAAUGCUGCUGGAGUAAAUAAUGAAGCUGCAAACUCUAUGAUGCAAAGAUUUUGGGAUUCAGCUAUGGCAUUGACUCCUGAUGAUGAUGAUGAGACGCGGAGUGAGAAUUCCUUGAAAUUGGCUUCUGAAGGGACAGAAACAGGAAGAUCUAUCCCCUAUCCUUCAUCUAGCCAGCCAACUAGUUUUUCAUUCAAGAUUAAAGACAAAAAAGGGAGGAUGCACAGAUUCAACUGUGAUAUUCAGAACAUGACAGAUCUAAUAGCUGCAAUAAUUCAGAGAGUGGGGGAUGACAUUGACCGGACCAAUCUUCCUCAGAUUCUGGUUGAAUGCAUUAAUUUUUCCUCUAUGAAGAUGAAGAUCAUGACAAGGUUGUACUGGCAUCAGAUGGUGAUCUUACAGCAGCUAUUGACCAUGCAAGAUCUUCAGGUUGGAAGGGGCUAAAAUUGCACUUAGACUAUUCAGGAACAACGGGUGGUAGUUUGGAUUAUGCUCAUACUGAAUCUGCAUGGGCCUCAGCCUACAGCACCGUAGCAGCUGGUGCUGCAUUAGUUGCGGGUUUAGGCGUAUUAGCAUUCUUAAGGAGAUCCGGUAACUAAUUACUUGAAAGAAGUUCAACUCUUGAUAAACGAGGAAUGGGAGUAGCAUAUUGAUUCAUAUGAGCUCGAUGGGCCAAUCAUAUUUGACUGAAUGUUGGUGUUAUUAAAUUGGACAGUUACACUGUAUUGGAAUCAUUUUACCUUUUCCUCGUCUGCAAUCCAGAUUUGCAGGUUUUGAUUUUGAGUGAUGUAAAUUGCACCAUAUAAAUAUAACCCUUACGUUGAAGGUUGUCUUCAAGAAUGAACUGGCAACGCCAUGCAAAUUUUAGUGCCAAGAGUUGUCAGGAAUUUAAAUGUGAUAUACUAUAUUUGUUACGUAAAA